ACACCUCAAAUCACGAAGGCCCCCACACAAUGGAGGAUGUUAUUAUCAACCAAUCACAAUCCACCUUGCCUACGCCAUUUCCGGUAUUGAUGUAAUGGCAGAGCCGGUGAGCAAACACGCAGCGACUGUGGCACAACACCGCCUUCCGUUCGACCCUGCUCAGCUCAACCCAAACAAAGCACGAAGGUCAUAAGCCAGAAACUGUGUUACAAACUAUGGUAUGGAGAAUAAGAAGAAUAUAAAAAUUGUUGUGCUUGGCGACGGGGCUGUUGGGAAAACAACGCUUUUGCUGAGUUACCUCACAAACGAUUUUCCGAAUGAAUAUGCGCCUACCGCAUUCGACAAUUACACUGGUGAGUCUGGAUAGCUUUAAUUGAAACAGCUUAGAACUGAAACUGAAUCUUAUUCUAUUGAAUUUAAACUUAGCUUUACUCCGGCCUAUGAUGCGGAUGCGAAUUCUAUGGACUUAAUCUAACCGUGUUUCGCCUUUCGUUUUGUUUGUAGUGUCUGUAUCGGUAAAUAAUGUUCCAUGUACUGUACAGUUUUGUGAUACAGCCGGGCAGGUAUGUAUAAUAACAAAAUAUAACCCCACUUCGUAGGUAAAAUAACAAAUUAUAACCCCAUUCUCUAUGAAAUAUACGGAAUAACUUAUGCGCCAUAAUGCGGAACUGGGUAAUAAACAUUGAUAGUCCUCGUUAACCUUCUCGAUGACUUUCAAUUUUGUGGUCGACUUGUUAGAUAAGUUAUUUAUCGAGUGCCCGAGAAAAUAUUUUCCCUGUAGGGGUUUAUUAUGUAACAUAAGGUAUUGAAUUUUCACGGCAUAUAUCGAAAUAGUACAUGUUUAUAGAAUUGAAAUAUAAACUGAACUUAAGCAAGUGUGGUCUUCCCACAAUGAUACAUAAUAUUUUUGGAGUGUCUUCCUUAUUAGGAUGCGCCUAUAAUAUUUUCGUCUUCGAAUAAAUUAUUCGUCUUUAGAAUGUUUAUACAAGAUAAUAUUUUUACCACCUAUCUUAAUAUAAGUUUAUAUAUACCCACAAUAUAACCAUGCUAUAAAUUUUGCUGAUAUAAGGUUUAAACAUCAUUAAUAAAGUUUCCUUUAUUCAAGAUACUAUAUUUCACCCACGAUCCUGUUUGUGUAUUGUAUUUUUGGAAAAUAAUUGCAUCUUCAUGCGUCAUAAAAAUACACCUAUACACGUUAUAUAAUUAUAUUUACAUGCAUAACCGAAUACUCAUAGUAAGUUUUACUUAAAUUGAACCAACGGCAACGGCAACAACGCAAUAUAUAUAUAUAUAUAUAUAUAUAUAUAUAUAUAUAUAUAUAUAUAUAUAUAUAUAUAUAUAUAUAUAUAUAUAUAUAUAUAUAUAUAUAUACAUACAUACAUAUAUAUAUAUAUAUAUAUAUAUAUAUAUAUAUAUAUAUAUAUAUAUAUAUAUAUAUAUAUAUAUAUAUAUAUAUAUAUAUAUAUAUAUAUAUAUAUAUAUAUAUAUAUACUGUCUGAAUAUUGUUUGCACUAAUUGUUCCUAUUUAUACCGUAAAUACCUUUUUUACGUUUAUAAUUAUAUAUACAUAAAUAUUUAUACCUAUAGUAAAUUUUACAACAUAAAACGAAAAGUAAGACAGUUUUAACAAGUUCGUUUUGUCCAUAUUAUAUUUCAAACAAGACCCUUUCAGCAAAUAUAUAAAUUCAAGUUCCGCUGUCAAGGCAAGUUUGUUUUGCUUUCGAACCUGACAAGACAGGAUGCCUUCCAGAUAUUUCGCAGACGACAUAUUUCUCAAGCGUGGGUAAUUGUUGCAUGCUUACCUACACGUAGGAAAUAUCAAAACAUUAAAAAAUUUUACAUUUAUGCGUUUGUUUUACGAUAUGAGCUAUAGUUUGGCAUAUGAGACGCGCGCGUAACUCAAGUUUAGCAGGAAACGUGUUAAAUUUUUUAAUAUCGUGCUAAUGACUUGUUUUCGUAAUUAGCUGUCAUGCUUUGCGAUUACUAAUCACACGAAAUGCGUUGCUGUUAUAUGAUCCGGAAAAGAAAAAGACGAGGACUCGUGAACCGGAAUCUGCACGAGUGAAAAUCUCACAGCUUGUCAACACCGCUUAUUCACAGUUGGCAAUACUUGGCAAGUCAUGAGUCCAACAGUCUCCAGAACAAGUUAUUCCAGCAAGUCUGAUAUUGUAUUAAGUUGUUAACACGUUGAUGACAACAACGACUUGACGGCAACCUUGUUACAACAUCUUUGCGGAUCUGUAACAACUUGCGCGUUUUUACGUGCGAGUUUUAUGUCUUUUAUCCAUUUUAUUAAAGUCCGUGUCAAACGAAGAUGAGAGUUCAUGAAAGUUGGCACUUGGCAGUCACGUAUUGUUAUACAUGCAGGGGACAUUUGAAGCUCUAGAUUAAAUAAAAUACAUGCAUGAGAACAGCUAACCAAGGUCGCGCGGCUGACUGUUACUCUCGUACACGCACUCUGAGUCUCAUCCAUCCAUUUCGCGUCGAUAUCGACGUAAACGCGACUGCGAGGACUUAAAUAUUUCGUGCACUUAAAAUGGAUCAAAACUGUUGACUGUCUUACACGCAAUAUGGAACAUAAAUGCCGUCUGACAAGUAUAUACCAUCUAUCGUAAGUUUCCAUUAAUGCUUUUGAGAAACGUUGAAAAAUUGAAAUUUGGAUCCGAAAAGCUUUAUUCUGUUUUCAAUGUCUGAAGUGCAUGAAUGCACCUUUCAAUCGAUAUAGCGAAAUAUGCUUAAUGCUUUUAAUAUAUCUGAUAAGCCUAAUUGCAUGUUUGUCUGUAUAAACACAGUGAAAUAUUUAACUACGUCACUUGGCAUUGACCUAAAAUGAAAUUGCAAGCACGUGUACAUAUUACAUACAUGAAUACAUAUUUGGUAGUUAAUAAAUGCAGACACUUUGCACUUAAGAGUUAAGACAUACCUAAUUUUAUGAAAAUUUUUAUCACGGAACCUUGCAUAAAGGAUCACCAUCAAAGUUUCUGCGGAUUUGUAAGAUUUGAAAUUUCUUAGAAAUCCGUCAAAACUAUGCGAAAUUCCUAUACUGUACUAAUCACAGAAACUUUGAUAAUGUAAACCAGCCUUAACCAAUAGUGAGUCUACCAGUCUGAAGUGAUUUCUGGUAUACCCCCAGGAAAAUUUUACUGAAUAUGGAACGGAAUUUCAUUCAUGGCUUCAAAACUUUUAAGUGCUGCUCGAGGAAGAAACGAAAGGCAACAAUCGUAGACAAAUUGUUGUACAAUACAUACCUAUAUCGUAUACCUAGAAUAUCAGGAAUUUUGGGCAUUUCACUCCAUAGAACUACAGUCGUUGAAGUGUUUUUGCAUAUGCUUGAAAUUUCGAGUGUAAAUGUUAUACAUUUUAGCCUAACCAGGAACAGCUGCGAAAAUGCAAUGGACCAUUUGCAUUAUAGACUAAAUUUUGAUCUAGACAAAAAUUUCAUCACAGCUUGAAAGAGCAUCACAAAAUUAGUAAUAUUCCAAAGUUUCGUUCCGAAAUGUUGUAAAAUGCGGAUAAUAUAGCCAUGCGAAGUUUGCCGUUUUUCAGUCAUUUUGUGUAAUGCACGGGAAAUUGACAGCUCAAUCUGGUGUUGGGGCAUCAAUUUCCCGUUUGUGAUACAAAAUGACUGAAAAUUGCAAAUUUCGCAAGGCUAUAUUAUCCGCAUUUUACAACAUUUCGCAACGAAACUUUGGAACAUUACUAAUUUUGUGAUGCUCUUUCAAGCUGUGAUGAAAUUUUUGUUAAGAUCAAAAUUUAGUCUAUAAUGCAAAUGGUCCAUUGUAGGCCCUCCGGCUGUAGCAGAAAUCGAACCUGCGGAAUAAUAUUACUCAAAUAUCAUUUAAUUAAAGCUGAAUCAGCCCGAUUAAUUGUUAUGUGUAAACGUACCUUAAAUUUGAGGUGACAUUUGUUUUGACUUUUGCAAAAUGUUUUUAUUUUUUUAUACACUUUUUGGCCACCUUGAGUUUUUUCCGAACAGGAAGAUUAGUAAUCGAUACCUCUUAACGUCAGAACACAUGCAUGCUUUUAUUCUUCCGCCACAAGAUCUUUCCGGGUGAGUCCAGUUUGUUUUGGCAAGUGAAGAUAUAUCCGACAGAUGUUUUUCUCGAAAAACUAGCUCACACACAAAGCACGCUUCACUUGGUUUUAAAUAAUUUUGGCAGGCAUUUCUGGUAGAUCUUACUUUGUCAAGUAAUAUUGUCUGGUGUUUGUAAAACUGAAGUCAGAAUAUACAUGCAAAAUAUUAAAGUCUGUAUACAUGCACCGUAUUGUUAAAGUUAGAAGCAAAACUUUUACCAUGCAUUUAUGAAUUCUCUAUAUCUAACUCCAGAAGCAGCAUGGAGCAAAGAAUAUAUUCAAAGAUAUACAAACGCCUCAUGCACUUGCAUUGUUUGAAUGUUUAAGACUGAUAUAUCUUACAAAUGUUUGCUAAGAUGCAGAAAAUGCUAAUAAAAUACCAAAAUUUUUAACACUUAUUUUCAAGUAUAUAAACAAAAACAAAAAAUUGAAUGUUUUCUCAUGGUUACAAAUUCCAAUGAUAUAUAUCGACAUAACUACAGAGUACAGUGUCUGUUUUCCCCCCCACUUUCUUAUGGUCAAUUGAUAACACGUACAGUUACUUUCCAAAAGUUUGAAUACAAACCAAAAAGGUUCAAUAUUUUGCAAAACUCCGUACAGACUUUUCCAAUAUUAAAGUUGUUGCAUGUUCAACUAUGAAACUGGUUGGCACGAUUUCAUUUAAGCUAUCUUAAUUUAAACAAAAUGUAUCGGAUAAUAUUCAUUAAUUAAAACAAUGUUUAGGAUAUCUGUCAAUACAUUGUUGCAAAUCCCUGUACUUUUCGGACCUUCUUUGCUUGUUUGGCCACGGAAUAAACCAAGAUCUUAGCAAUUUUUCUGGGAAGUUUUACCAUCCGAACAACAACCUAUAGUUCAGCAAAAGUCCUUGCUUGAGGGUUUCCUUUGUUUUCCUGCUUCUGAUCAUGUGAUCAUCAUGCACACGUUCUCAAUUGGCUUGAGUAUAGGACUUUUUGCUGACACCUCUAAGGAUUGAUGCACAAGUUUCGGUUCUCAAAAGUAUUCCUUGCCAUUGCCAUUGGGUAACGACAGACAACACAUUAUAUUUAACAAUUAUUCGCCGAAGGCGAGGUGAUUGUCGGGGAAUAUUCACCGAGACGAUGUCGAGGUGAAUAUUCCCGAUAAUCACCGAGCCUGAGGCGAAUAAUUGUUUUAGUAUUUUUACACAAGUCUUGUGUUUUUUGGGACUGAAUUUAUUUUAAUUUCGCUGAUUUCUUUAUCAGUAACUUUCACAAAGCGGCUAGCCGCCAUUUCGCAAAUUUCGUUUGAUAUAAAACGCGAGGCGCAACCGAGCGUUUUAUAUCUGAUAAAACACGACAACGAGUGUUUUGAAUUGCUUAAAAUACGACUACAAGAGAAUACUAAUUAGGAUGAACAAUUAUAUAAUCAUAUACUAAUUAGGAUGAACAAUUAUAUAAAGAAUACUAAUGAAGAUGAGUUUUAUCAGAUAUAAAGUCACUUCACGUGACAUAUUGUGGCUGACAUGAUUUGCCACAAGGUUUAUGAAUUUUUUAUGAGUAUUUUAAGUAAAUAUAACAGCUUAAUACGUCAAAUUUGACCAAUCAACUUGUAGGAUUUGUUAUAUGUACUUGUGCAAAAAUACUAAAUCCCAAUAAUCUAUUUCUCUUUUUCUUCUACAGGAAGAUUUUGAUUCUCUGCGACCUUUUUCCUACCCACAGACAGAUGUUUUUGUAUUAUGUUUCAACAUAAUGGCACCUUCGUCAUUUCUCAACCUCAAACAACGUUGGUUACCGGAAAUAGACAAAUACAAACCGACCACACCUAUCGUAGUGGUCGGCACACAUUGUGACCUGCGAUCUAACGUUGAAGCACUUAUUUCACUCAAAAACAAUCGCCUUGGCGGUCCCAUUAGCAAGGACAGGGCAGAGACAUUAGCAAAAAAGAGUGGUGCUGUAUGCUAUGUGGAAACAUCGGCACUGACUUUAAAGAACGUCAAGAAAGUUUUUGACGAAGCGAUCGCGGCUGCAUUGUCUCCGUAUAAGCGAAAACGUAGGCGCGAAACGAAGAAACACUGGACUAAAUGCGUCGUUAUGUAGUAGCCUGGAGAACGAGGUUAACCGUGGUAAAAAUGGUUUGAAUCAAACGGUAUUUUGGUGGCCUUUUCAACACAAUUCGGAAAUUUUCUUACCAAAACCGCGCGAAAAAAACCUGGAACGAGAUUGUGAGCUAUUAAUAGAAUUGCAAACUUUUGCCAAUCGUUGUGCAUAUUAUCCAUUGUUUCACAAUGCAUUAUAAACCACACUGUAAAUUAAUCCCAGGCCGACUGUAUUUUCCCAAGGUACCUUAUGUAAUACUAAUAAUAAUAAUACUAAAAUGGUUAUAAUUUACGGGAACGAAAAAAGUAAACGAGCUGUAUUAUAAUUAUGCAAUCCUUACAUGAUAUAAUUAGUAUACGAUAAAGUUUUAACAAAAAUGGAAAAUAUUAUUUAAACAAUAUGAGUCUUACUCGAUAUCCACUGGAAAAAAUAUAAGUGAAAUCCUUAUCAAGGAGUUAAGGUUAUUAGGGCGGAAUUUUAAAACGAUUGUUGAGUACCUGAAGAGUUAGGAAAUUUUGCUAAAAUAACUUCGCUGCUGUUGCGCGCAAUCCCCCUCUCUGACUUAUUGUAAUUAAAAAACUAAAGAAGCUAUCUUAUUCAAAUAUGGUCAACAAUUGUCUAUUAAUUUGCAUUAUGGUAAUAAAAUGGCCAUUUUUCGCUUCUUCCAAAAAUGCUGCCUUGGAAGAAGCGAAUGUAUAGAAAUGUUUAGAAUCUAUAGAAAUGUUUAAGGCAUAUAUCAAAAUUUAAGUUAGACAUUACUGCGUUCACGACAAUAAACUUUAUUUGAAUAAGAUAGCUUCUUUAGUUUUUUUAAUUACAAUAAGUCAAAGAGGGUGGAACAUUUUUUGCGCAACCCGGUAUAUAACAUGUAGCUGAGUAUUAGAAUAUAAAAGUAUUCAACAGUUCAAUCAAAGAACUAUUAGUUUCAGCACGUUUAAUUCGUUUUAAAUAAAUAUAUUGCUAGGAAAUACAAAAAUAUUUGUUGGACAAUUCUAUUAUGGUUAGAAGUGAAAGACAAAUAAUUAUUGAACAGCUGAAUAUUUUGACGUAUGCAUAUUUUAAUACUUCCAGUCUCAGCUAUACAUGUUAUGAUUCAACUGCAGUUUAGCCCGACGCGGCUUAUUAGAGUCAAAAUACAAGAACCUUCCCAUUUCUGCUUCUGCAUGUAGUCUGUUGACAUUUUCUGUAAUUUGUUCUGUGUUACUGUAACGGUUACCGAUUUAUAGACAAAUACUGUGAUAAAAUUCAAAUUCAGCACCUUUUCUAACAAAAAAUGCAGCCUUUGCUAAAAUUAUCAUACAAAACACCAAAAAAAACCACUAAAUUUUGUCGUCAUAUUUGUUCAUAAUUCGGUAACCGCUACAGAAAAACAGAACAAUUUACAGAAAAUUACAACAGAUUGCGGAAGUGGCAAGGUUCUUGUAUUUUGACUGUAAAUGUGUUUUUUGCGAUUAGAAGAUUCCAGUGUAUAUUAAUAAAAAAAUCAUUGUGUAUUGAUCUUGUAUUGUAGUAGAGGUGCGAGGAUCAGUUACUCAUGACCCUGUUCACUUCACAAAUUCUACUCCAUAAUCCAUAUUGCGAGUUAUUAUCAAUUCGCAAAUGUAUACGUAUGUUGAUCUUAACACAAGUUACGGAAAAUAAUGUAAAUUCAUACGUAUUGUAAUAUUUAUAACACAUCCACAUUAAGAUCGGAUUUGAAGUAAUUUAAAUGAAAUGUAUUAAUAGUUUGGCGUGAAAAUAAUAUGAUCGUUAAUGACCUUAUUUACUGUAUUCCCUCAAUUUAACCUCUUUCCCCACUUUUAAAAUUAAAUUAUGUGCAUUCGUUUCUCAAAACAAGCAAGAGAUUUACUGUCCAUAAUUUCCUUUGGUAAAGAAUUCUAAACAAAUACCUCCAUCUAACAUGAAGCUAUUGCAUGGUACGAGGCUGUGGUAAAUUAAUUAAGCCUGCAUGGUUUCCAUAUGAUCGUAAAAAUAGAGUCACGAUCUUUCUCAACGGCUAGGUUAUAAUAUGAAUUGCUGUGUUGGUGUUGUGUACUCAGGCGAAUGUGAUGUUACUC